AUGUUGGAGGGUGAUGUUGAAGGCUAUGGCGCAACUUACCAGCACCUACCCGCGAACGCUAGACCUAGCGUCGAGCUUUUUCCACAUAUGUGCACUGGAAUACCGCACUUUAUUCUGAGAGAUCUUCGUGAGACACCGCUGUGGAAGAUAUGUGAAGCUAUUUGUGGUCCAAGAAACUUCAGUGCCCUCAAUGCGCUGGCGCUGAUAUCAGAAAGGGGUGACAAUGCGAGACGUUACUGGCAAGCCAUACCAGCCCUCAACCUUCUCGACCUGUAUUUGUGUCUGUGGGAAUGCUACGUCAUUAAAUCUGCCAAGAAGAUACGAUUCGAGGAAGAGCAGCGACAGCUUCAAGACUCAAACGAGUGGCUGAUAUGCGAUAACGAUCUCUUCCCACAGUGCUGCAACGAACAGGCGCAGGUGUUGUGGGAUCGUAGACGAGCGGUUCAUGCCCUUCAUGAUGAUGUCGCCACACUCUUAAAAGCGAGCGAACGACGGACCACGAUUUGGAUCUCGACCUUCACGCAGUCUGGCGAGAGUCUUCUGGCAUACCGACGCCACCUCCCUGUCUCGCCGACGACCACGAUCAAUCUAGGCUAG